AAGUCCUGGCAAAGAGGAUGGCGCCGACCCAACUGUUCCUGUUUGGGGCCACCUUCCUGGCCGCCUCCAUAGGGGCCGGGGCCGAGGACGCCCCGUGUGCCUUCCCCUUCACCUAUAAGGACCAGCGUUACACGGCUUGCACGGGCGCGGGCUCCAAGAAGGCCAAGCUCUGGUGUUCUGAGACUCAAAACUACGACAAGGACAAGAAGUGGCACUACUGUUCCACCUCCGCCUAUGGGGGCAGCUCCAAAGGGCAGCCCUGCGUCUUUCCCUUCCGCUACCAGGGCCGCGUGUACCUCAGUUGCCCCCGGGAAGGCAAGGGACCCUACUGGUGCGCCACGACCAGCGACUACGACCGGGACCAGCUCUGGAGCUACUGUCCGGACACCAUCAUCGGGGGGUCGGCCCCCGGAGACCCCUGCGUCUUCCCGUUCACCUACGGGGACCAGGAGUACCACACUUGCACGACGGCGGGCGAGGAAGGCGGGCGCCUCUGGUGCUCCACCACCACCAACUACCCCCAGGACCGCAAGUGGACGUACUGCCACCUCUCAGGCAUGGGGGGCAACGAUCCCACCAGCCCCUGCGUCUUCCCCUUCUGGUACAAGGGGACGGGCUACCGCACCUGCAGCCGGGCCGGCGACAGUAAACUCUGGUGCGCGACCACCCGUGACUAUGACAAAGACCAUCGCUGGAAAUACUGCUCCCAGCUCGCCCACGGCGGGAAUUCUGGCGGGAAGGGGUGCGUGUUCCCGUUCCGCUACGACGGGAAGCAGUACCGGGCCUGUACGGCCCGGAACAGCCGGGCCGGCUACUGGUGCGGUACCACCACCGACUACGACCGGGACCGGCAGUGGGCCUACUGCCCCGACACCGGUGCGCUGCCGGGACAACUGGGGGGACAACUGGGGGGGGCACUGGAAGCUGGGAGAGCUGCCAGGAUUUGA